GGAAUAAGAAAAAAUGCGAUGGAGCGCAUCCUCGAGCUCGUCGAAGGCGUUCCGGAACUGCCUAGCGAGCAGAUAUACUGGCUUAUCGACCAUUCGUCUCGGGUGGAUAAGACAAGCUUCAAGGUUCUCACGAUACUCCUCACAGUCUUCGCCGUUUUGGCUUCAACAGCACGCCUCCUCUUCCGCUACCGCAGCGAGCAUCACCUAGCCCUCGAAGACUGGCUCGUCCUCUUCGCAACAAUAUGCCUCGUCGCAGAAACAGGCUUGGUCUACGCUUUCAGCCGCAUGGUGUACUUUAUUGACGGUGCAACACUGAAUCUCCCCGUCCUGGCCUUCAUCGGCAAAGAUGCAGCGCUCACGAAAGAGCUGCUGACUGCGGGGCCAUCGACGCUGGUUGCGUAUUUUACGCUGGGAUGGAUCACGAUUUUCUCGAUCAAGUACAGCUUUUUGGCGCUGUUUUACAAGAUGCUGAGGAAUGUGAGUCGGAAUUUGCUGGCGUAUUUUUGGUGCACGGUUGCCGCGACAGGGAUGGCAUGCGUGGUAGUGAUUCUAGAGAGCUUCAUUCUUUGCCCGCAUUUUGGGGCUGAUGCCGCGCAAUGUUUUCUGAAGAACAACUACACAUUUAGCAUCAGUACCGGAGUCGUAGUGCAAGCGCUGGAUAUUGUGACUGACCUUAUGAUUAUUAGCAUUCCGAUCAUCCUUCUCAAGAUGUCGCACUUGCGUCUUCAGCACAAGGUACGCAUCGCCGUCGUGCUCUGCCUCUCCAGUAUAUGUAUCAUCCUCAGCAUUGUCCGGCUCGCCGGAGGCAUCCACCGCAACGUCUUCGGGAAUCUCCAAUUCAGCACUGCGUGGAUAUCGUUCGUGCUUCACUGCGAAGCCGCCGUCGCCGUACUGGCAGGUUCCGCGCCGGCUCUCCGCGCGAUAUACACAUCACAUCAGAAUCGCCGGACGAUGACCAUGACCGACGAUGAGAAACCGAAGUCACUAAUGUCGAGAGCGAUGACCGUUCUCGGUUCGGUAAGACGCACUAAGCCUACAUUGCCGACCCAAGAAAGGCCUCGGGCUUCGAUAGCCCGCUGGAGGGAAUCCAUCAUCGCCAUCAUGCCGCGGCGGACUCGGAGUCGAAGCAACCGCCCACUCGCCAAUAAUCCGGAAGGCCGAAAUGGCUCAGAGGACAGCGGGAUCAUCCACCCGGGAAUAGCAUACCACGAUUUCCAGAAGCAGGAGAAGAACCGGAUCAGGGUGACGUAUGAAUGCAAGGUGCUCAGUGAGUCGGCGUCUUCAUACGCGCACAAGUCGCUGGAUCUGAGCGAGGCGACGUCGCAUACUGGAACGAUAUUAUCGGCCCCUAGUUCCCCUGUGCCUGAGAUAUCUAGCCAGAUGGUGGAUCUAAUGAUUGACGAGCAAUUUGGGAAGGUCCGAUCUGGUAUGCAUGUUUAGCAAUCAG